UGUGAGACUGGUGGCCCACCCCUUUGAUGAAUGCCUAUUGCCUACGUGUCAAAGCCUUCCACAAGAGCGUUGCUUAGUGACAUGAAAACAAGAUGGUUCAAUAUGCCUACAGCCUCCUCCUCUAAAAGUCGAGUAAAUCCAGAAAACUAUAUAAUCUUGAAGUGCAUUUACAGUGACACGCCUAAGCCUGAGACUUCAGAGUUGUGGCCAAGAUUGUUGACAUGUCAUCUCUAUAAGCUUCAAAUGACAUGUCAUGAUGUGAUUAACUUCAAGUCCGUGGUGCAGGAGCCUCGCAUUGAACAUCUUUAUAUGUUCUUAACUGAACCCAAGUCACAGAAAGUGAGAGCAGCAGCUAAUAGGGAGUGAAGGCGGGUAAGUGGCAAAACUUAAUUUGAUUGGGAA